AGUACACCUGUUGGAAACCUACUGGUGUCUGCUGCUACAUACUUCUGUGGUGCGUCCUUCAUUCAAUUUGAAAAGAUUUGCAAGGCCAUGCAGCUUAAGAUCAUCCACUAUGAUGCAUUUAGGAGGCAUGCUAGGAACUACCUAGAGCCUGCUGUAAUACACAAGUGGACCUUGGAUCAGAGAAAUCUUUUCACAAAGCUGCAAGAAGGGGGAAAGGUUGCAGUUGCUGGAGAUAUGAGGGCUGAUACACCGGGACAUUCAGCAAAAUACGGCAGCUACACCUUGAUGCACCUGGACAGCAACACUAUUCUUGACAUGCAGCUUAUUCAGAGCAACGAGGUAGGUGGUAGCUACCACAUGGAGAAGGAGGGCUUGAAGCGUUGUCUAGAUCAUCUGGAGGCUAACGGUUUGGCAGUGGAAUACAUCAUAACGGAUCGUCAUCCACAGAUCCAGAAGUUUCUUAGAGAGCGCAACAUUGUACAGUUCUACGAUGUGUGGCACUUCGAAAAAGGUUUGUCUAAAAAGUUGGACAAACUCUCACAAACAAAGGGUUGCGAAAUAUUGAAGAAGUGGUUGCGCAGCAUCAAGAAUCAUGUAUACUGGAGUGCUAGGUCGUCUACUUCUGGUCCCGAGAAGGUGGCCAAAUGGACUUCCCUGCUCAACCACAUCCAAAAUAUACACAUCCAUGAGAACCCUGACUUCCCGAAAUGUGAACAUACAGACCGAGUGUCCAGAGAUCCUGAAAAAUGGUUCCAACCAGGGUCAAUGCCUCUUCAAAAACUGGAAAAGAUCCUCAACAAUAAGCGAGUCCUAAAGGACGUGGAAAAGCUCAGUCAUCAUUACCAGACAUCUUCGCUAGAGGCCUUUCACAGUGUUAUCCUGCGUUUUGCCCCCAAGAAUGUCGUUUUUCCUUUCAUUGGAAUGAUGUGCAGGUUGUACCUUGCAGCAAUGCACUACAAUGAAAAUGGUGACCGUGAGCAGGCAACAACAACUUCAGGACAACCUAUGUACAAGGUUGUUUUUCCAAAGUCAAAGAAGGGUGAAUGCACUGCAAAGCCACUUAAAACAGCCCCUUCAUAUGACUAUGUAGCUGACUUGAUGAAGCUGGUCUUUGAAGAGGUGUUUGUAGACCCUGCACCAUUUGUAGAGGAGCUAAAUCAAAUCCCCAUUCCUGCGUUCCUGUCCUCUCAGUUUGAAAGACCUUCAAAGGAGGAAGUUGUUGGCCGCCAUGUCUCACGCUUCAGUCAAGGGACGGUCGAAAGCCUACAAACUGUCCAUCCGGAUCAGGAAACUCCUGCCGAAUCCGAAGCACAACACAGGAUGGAAGAACAACUCUGACAUUCUGUCCUAAAUAGCCCCAGCACCAGCUUACAAAGCUUCGAUAGGCGAGAUAUCGGUACCGCCUGUAAA